AUGAAAUUUUCAAUUACUUCUGCUUUAGCCGUCUUUUCAUUAUUUUCUGUCUCAGCUUUAGCUGCCCCAGUUGCUUCACCAGAUGCCGUUGCUUUACCAAAUGCUGACCCAUUAGCUUUUGCUGCUCCAGCUCCAGUUGCUGAUUCAACUCUUGAUGCUGUUAAUGCAGGUGUUGCCAACAUCACUGGUGAACUUGGUGAAUUAACUAAAGUCUUAACUUCAUCAAAAGCUCCAAAAGAUUCAUACACUAAAAUCACAAACAUUGUUGUCAAAUUGGUUGAAGGUAUUGUUGAUACUUUAGGUAAAGCCACUGGUUUAACUGAAGCUACUGAUUCAAUUAACAAAUUAUUAAACACUGCUAUUGGUGCUUUAGAUACUUUAGAAAAAGAAACUGGUUUAACUGAUACUUUAAACAAAGAAGUUGAUUCAUUAGUUUCCACUGUUCAAGGAUUAUUGAAAAACUUGGUCUCAACAUUAAACGGUAUCUUGAAAAACUUAUUUGCUUUGAACUUAGUUGGUGUUGUUGUUGCAUUAUUAGGUGGUUUAUUGAAAACUUUAGGUGGUUUACUUAGUGGUUUAUAA